AUGACAACAUUAAGUUUACUAAAAGAACGCCUUAAAACAAAAAGAAAAGCUAGUAAAACACCAAGAAACAAAAAAGAAAGACUUACUGAAGAAUGGUGCAAAUUUGAUGAAGAAUCAUCAGAAAAUGACGCAAAUCUACUGGAAACUGCCUAA